UGGGUUUCUGAGUUUGAAUUGAAGGUGGAAUGCAGUCAGAUUGGUGAAAUUUAAGAGAACAAGGGAAAAGCUGAGGGCUUUAGAAGGUGGGUGUCUAGACUACGCAUUGAUAAUAUCAUGGCAUCUGGGAAUCCAAUUUUUGACGACAUGCAAAGCAAGCCAGAGGUUAUCGAUCCUCUGCAAAAUGAAGACAUUAUGGAUUGUGAAUCUGUUAAUUAUCUUACUCAGGCUGCUAUUAAACCUAAUGUGACCGUGUCUACCAAUGUUCGGGAGCUGUUAGAGUGCCCUGUUUGCUUAAAUGCAAUGUACCCGCCAAUUCACCAGUGUUCAAAUGGACACACGUUGUGUUCAGGUUGCAAGCCAAGGGUGCAUAACCGGUGCCCUACAUGCAGGCAUGAACUUGGUAAUAUUAGGUGUCUUGCAUUAGAGAAGAUUGCUGCAUCUCUUGAGCUUCCCUGUAAAUACCAGAGUUUUGGGUGCAUAGGCAUCUAUCCGUAUUACUGCAAGCUAAAACACGAGUCCCAAUGUUCUUAUAGACCAUAUAGCUGCCCUUAUGCUGGUUCAGAAUGCACAGUCAUUGGUGAUAUUCCUUAUCUUGUGGCCCACUUGAAAGAUGAUCACAAAGUUGACAUGCACAAUGGUUGCACUUUCAACCAUCGUUAUGUCAAAUCAAAUCCGCAUGAGGUUGAAAAUGCUACAUGGAUGCUGACGGUUUUCAGUUGCUUUGGUCAGUACUUUUGCCUGCAUUUUGAAGCCUUCCAGCUCGGGAUGUCCCCCGUUUACAUAGCAUUCUUGCGGUUUAUGGGUGACGAUAACGAAGCAAAGAAUUAUAGCUACAGCCUAGAGGUGGGUGGGAAUGGGAGGAAGAUCAUUUGGCAAGGGGUGCCGAGAAGCAUAAGGGACAAUCAUAGAAAGGUCCGUGACAGUUUCGACGGUCUCGUGAUCCAACGCAACAUGGCUUUGUUCUUUUCUGGGGGGGACCGGAAAGAAUUGAAGCUUAGAGUGACAGGAAGGAUAUGGAAAGAGCAGUGAUGGGAUCUAUUUUUGGUUGAUUUGGGUAGUUUUACAUGAUCUGCUCAUGUAUUAGUUUAGGGCUGUAGGAGGCAAACCCUCUUUGCUUGAGCAUGUAUGAGAUACGUUAAUGGGAAGAUGUAGCUUUUUCGGUUUUUAUAUG